GCUACAAACAAUUGAACAAUUUUAAUAUUGCUUUCAUGAUUACGUUCAUGAUUCUAAUGCAUCAACCUUAUCACGAUGUUGAUGUUCUGUCCGACUUGUGGUAAUGUUCUACGAGUGGAAGAAGCUUUAGCAGGUUUACGUUUUGCGUGUAAUACCUGCCCAUAUGUAUUUAAUAUCGCAAGAAGAGUGAGUAAUCGUACAUAUCCAAAAUUGAAAGAAGUAGAUGACGUACUAGGUGGAAGCGCGGCUUGGGAAAACGUGGAUUCCACAGAAGAACGGUGCCCAAAGUGUUCGCAUUCCCGAGCUUACUUUAUGCAAAUUCAAACGAGGUCUGCUGAUGAACCUAUGACAACGUUUUAUAAGUGCUGUAAUCCUCAAUGUUGUCACAACUGGCGCGAUUAAAGUUUAAUUUUUUACUGGGUGGAAAACGCAUGGUGAGCGUUGAGAGCUUGGGUCCAAUGAAGUCUCUUUUAAAUUCAACUUCAAAUGAAGUGAAGGAAUUAAAUAAUUCUAGUAAACAUUGGAAUUGUAGAGGAAGAAGAAGUAU